GUGAACUUUGGUGUCUUACAAAGAGGUGAACUCGUUUACUACUGCGUUGGCCAACAAAGCAGUCAGAACAGAACGAGUGCAUAGGGGGAGUGCACAAUAUUUUAUUUUGCUGUUAUGGGUUAUCUGGACACAUAUGGAAGGGGACCAUCACAAGAACUUGUUAAUAAUAAUGCAGCACAACACGAAAGAACAAAAGAAAGUGGAAGAACAAUGUCACCUAUGGACAUAAGGUCAGCUCUUCAGACCUGUUUACUGGAGGCCUGGGAGCAGGGCCGCCUCACGUGCGGUGUGUACCAUGCAGCCAGCAUGCUGGAGAAGAACCCCGAUGAAGUGAUGCUAUGCGUGCUAGCAGACGACAAUUUUCAAGACGUGGCUUUGCGUAUUCAUUUCACGUUGUUGGAGGCGUUUUGUUGGGAGAAUGACAUCAGAGUGAUUAAGGUGGAUGCAUCAUCAAAACUAGCCAAUCUUCUGGGUGAUGGUGAACCCGUCAACGACAAUGAUGUCGCCGCGGGAAGAAGUGCUCGACAAGGCGACUUCAGCUGUGUUCUGAUCGAGUAUCCAAAGGACGACAACAGUGUCGCAGAUGAAGAAGUUUUAGAUUUCUACAAAUCCAAUGAGGAUGUCUUGCCAAGGCCUGUAAUUACACUCCCAGACUGAAAUAAUGUCACAAACUUCAACCCUUAACACAGCGCUCCAUAGCCGUGCAGAUUUCAUAUCUUUCACGCGCGUUUGGUCCCUCGGCCUAUAGGAGGACUUAUUUCAUUAGUUUGACGCUGGAGGCGCCAUAGGUAUCAAUGGCGUCGUGCCGAACAAGAAAACCUCUGCCCAAUACCAUCCACAGUCUCAAUGGACAGUAUCUUCUGAUGAUCAGAUGUUGCAAGCCCAAUUAACAACCCAACGGUACUAAUUAAAGAACUGAAUAAACAGCCUUAUGAUGACGAAGUCCCUAGCAAAGACUUCAACCGAGCGUGGUUCUUUGACAUUUGGGGAAAACAUUUGAAACAAUUCCACUUAAUGAGACAACCUCUGAGAAUAUGACAUUAUGUAAAUAUUAAUUUGUAUUACAGCUGAUUUAGUGAGAUCGUUGUGAUGUUAAUAUUUAUUUCCAACGCCGUAUGUAAUACAGCAAUCGUGCUACGCGGCAGGCCGCGGUUUAUUUAUGAGCACUGACACAGUGCCACUUUAUUUAAAGAGAUAUCAUGCCCAUUACAGAACUAUUUAAGUAUUGUAAUAUAUUUAUUGUAAACUCCGUGUGUUUGUCAUCCGCAUAACGUCACUAUCCAUUACAAGAGUAAUAUUAUUAUUGUGCAGGUACGCAUAAAAGAUUUAAUAAAGAGAAAUAUUGGACAUA